UCCGGGCCGGGCGGGUAGAUACGGCCCGCGCGUGCGUCACUUCCGCUGGGGCGGGACGGAGCUGUGGGGGUGGUGCCUCGACCGCGGCUCUUCUGUUUGUGUUGGUAGCUCAGCUGAUGCGGGCAGGCCAGAGUGGAUGUCAGUGCGGGCCGGAGGCGCGUCGGCGCUGCUGCCCAUAUAGUUGCGGCUUGCAUCCCGGUAAGACCAUGAAUUAUGGCAUUUCUUAAAUGAAGCAUUCAGGAAUGAAGUGAAAAUCCUAACAUAUAGAAAAUAAAUGAUUUUUAAGUUAUGUCUAUUAAUUUGACUAUAGAUAUAUAUUAUAUUUACCUCCUUAGUAAUGCAAGAAGUCUUUGUGGGAAGCAGAGAAGCAAGCAGCUGCAUUUCUUAUACUCACCUAAACAUUACUGGAGGAUAAGCCACGCCAGUCUACAAAGAGGUUUUCAUACAAGCAGAGUAAGAUGUAAAUUGACCAAAAGUGAUGCCCAUUCUUGGAGCAAGCACUGUUACUCUCCAAGCAACCAUGGUUUACAUAUUGGAAUUUUGAAACUUAGCACUUCUACUCCCAAGGGACUUACAAAAGUGAGCAUUCGUAUGUCCCGUAUUAAAAGUACUUUGAACUCUGUUUCAAAGGCUGUUUUUGGCACUCAUAAUGAAAUGAUCUCACGUUUAGCUCAAUUUAAGCCAAGUUCUCGAAUAUUAAGAAAAGUAUCAGAUAGUGGUUGGUUAAAACAGACAGGCAUUAAACAAGCCAUCAAAUCUCUGAAAAAAUACAGUGACAAAUCAGUAGAAAAGAGUUCUUUUUCAGAAAGUCAUAGUCUAGGUAAAGAUGAAGAUGUAGGUAAACAAAGUCUUUUUCGUUACACAAGUAGUUUAACCACAAGAUUUGGAGAGUCAUUCUACUUUUUAUCAAAUCAUAUUAAUUCAUACUUCAAACGUGAGGAAAGAAUGUCUCAAAAAAAGGAAAAUAAACAUUUCCAGGACAAACUUGAAGAUAAAAAGGUCGAAGAAGAGAAAUCGAGCUCUCCAGACCCUGGCAUCCUGACUGAUAAGCGAGAUUCAGAAUCUUCUUUAUAUUCUGUGGACAAAUCUGCAAGUGCCAGCGGGACUCCUGAGGCUCUUCCAGUUUCUACUAAACAGAGUAUUGCUAACUUUCUUUCUCGUCCCACUGAAGGUGUCCAAGCUUUAGUAGGUGGUUAUAUUGGUGGACUUGUCCCUAAAUUAAAGUAUGAUUCAAAGAGUCAGCCAGAAGAUCAGGAAGAGGCUGUUAAAGCUGAGCAACCUGUCAGCAAAGACAGUAAUGGAGAGGAGAAAAAGCAGUUAUCUCUUCAGCGAGAAAAGAUUAUUGCAAGAGUGAGUAUUGAUAACAGAACCCGGGCGUUAGUUCAGGCGUUGAGAAGAACAACUGACCCAAAGCUCUGCAUUAACAGGGUUGAAGAACUGACUUUUCAUCUUCUAGAAUUUCCUGAAGGAAAAGGAGUGGCUGUCAAGGAAAAAAUUAUUCCGUAUUUAUUAAGAUUGAGACAAAUUAAGGAUGAAACUCUUCAGGCUGCAGUUAGAGAAAUUUUGGCCUUAAUUGGCUAUGUGGAUCCCGUGAAAGGAAGAGGAAUCCGAAUUCUUACAAUUGAUGGUGGAGGAACAAGGGGUGUGGUUGCCCUUCAGACACUGCGAAAAUUGGUUGAACUUACUCAGAAGCCAGUUCAUCAGCUCUUUGAUUACAUCUGUGGUGUGAGCACGGGUGCUAUAUUAGCAUUCAUGUUGGGAUUGUUUCAUAUGCCUUUGGAUGAAUGUGAGGAACUUUACCGAAAAUUAGGAUCUGAUGUGUUUUCACAAAAUGUCAUUGUUGGAACAGUCAAAAUGAGCUGGAGCCAUGCAUUUUAUGACAGUCAAACAUGGGAAAAUAUUCUUAAGGAUAGAAUGGGAUCCUCAUUAAUGAUUGAAACAGCAAGAAAUCCUACGUGUCCUAAGGUAGCUGCAGUAAGUACCAUAGUAAACAGAGGGAUAACGCCAAAAGCUUUUGUGUUCAGAAACUAUGGUCAUUUUCCUGGAAUCAACUCACACUACUUGGGAGGCUGUCAGUAUAAAAUGUGGCAGGCCAUUAGAGCCUCAUCUGCUGCUCCCGGCUACUUUGCAGAGUAUGCAUUGGGAAAUGAUCUUCACCAGGAUGGAGGUUUGCUUCUGAAUAACCCUUCGGCACUAGCAAUGCACGAGUGUAAGUGUCUUUGGCCCGACGUCCCGUUGGAGUGCAUAGUGUCCCUGGGCACUGGGCGUUACGAGAGUGAUGUGAGGAACUCUGUGACAUACACAAGCUUGAAGACCAAACUGUCUAAUGUUAUCAACAGUGCCACAGAUACAGAAGAAGUUCAUGUAAUGCUUGAUGGUCUGUUACCUCCUGACACCUAUUUUAGAUUUAAUCCUGUAAUGUGUGAAAACAUACCUCUGGAUGAAAGCCGAAAUGAAAAGCUCAAUCAGCUGCAGCUGGAAGGGUUGAAGUACAUAGAAAGAAAUGAAGAAAAAAUGAAAAAACUUGCAAAAAUACUAACUCAAGAAAAAACAACUCUGCAGAAAAUUAAUGAUUGGAUAAAACUAAAAACUGACAUGUAUGAAGGCCUUCCGUUCUUUUCAAAAUUGUGAUAAGGGUAUGUAUAUAUUUUCAUAAGCGAGAGCCUGAUCAGAAGAUCAAUAAGUUCCGUAAGGAAUUGACGGGAUUCAGCAUGAGUUGACUUAGAAGUACUAGCAAAUCCUGGAAAAGUAUGUGCUUGGACCAGCUUGCGUGGUACAGAGGGCAUGCUGGGUUUCAGAAUUCAUAUGGGAAUUAGGUUUUUAUGAUGUGAAUAACAGUGCUCUAGGAGUCUUUAUUAUUGUGCUAGUUGGUUUUAGUAAAUACUGCUGUUCUAUUGUUUGAUAUUUGAGAAUUUAUUAAUAUAUGUGCCAAACAAGAACUAUCAUCGUCCUAUACUUGGUAUUUUUGCUUCAGUUACCAUAAUCAUGUGGAAUAUAUUUGAUACUGAUUUACUGCCAUGGGGAAAAUCUAAUUUCUUCUUAAAUUUCCAUCACUUACAUUUUCACAAGGUAUAGUCUAGGAUCCAAAUGUUGACUUUUACUGGAUUAUCAUAUAAACAGAUACAUAGAAAUAGAAUUUUCUGUGUCAGAGGGCUUUUACAUUUGAAAUAUGAAAGAAUCAGAUAAAGUUCUGUUCAAAAUACGUUUAUUUCCGUCAACAUCAUUUGGUUCACAAAGAUAGGUGAAGCUCCAGUCAACCACUUUUCCCUCUGAAAUUUCAAGAUAAUUCUGGGUGUUAACUUUUCUAGCUCUAGCUUAUCAUUCACUGUUAAAAAAAUUAAUUAUUUGAAUUUACUGAGAAGAUAGCUCUAUCAUUAACAAAAGUAAACUAUUGAAAUAAUAUACUGU